AUGAAGUGGCAGGUGACGUUUUGGAGAGAGCAGAAUUCAUGGACAGUGUCCGGCAAGGGCUGGACCGCUGGGGUGACCUUGGGCCCCUCUCCUCCCGACAGCUCCUUCAGCACCAGCACGGGCAGCCUGCCCUAUGGCGAGGACCUUGAGAAGAAAUUAGUGUUCACUUGGGAGGUGAAGGCCAACGACAGAGCCUACAACAACCAGUUCAAGGAAAAGGCCUUCCUGUGUUGGCAGAGGAAGAAAUACAAGGGCAACAUCAUCAACACGGCCAAGUACAAUUUCUUCUCCUUCCUGCCCUUAAACCUAUACGAGCAGUUCCACCGAAUGUCUAAUGCCUACUUCCUUUUGGUGAUCAUUCUCCAGGCUGUCUUUACUGAGAUCUCCACGAUGCCCUGGUUCACCCUCCUCGUCCCACUCGUCUGCCUCUUCAUCAUCCGGGCCACCCGAGACCUGGUGGACGACAUCGGGCGACAUAUAAGUGACAGGAUCGUCAACAACAGGCCCUGCCAGAUGCUGGUAGGGAAGAGCUUUCUGUGUAAGAAAUGGAAGGAACUGUGUGUGGGAGACCUGGUCCGUCUGCAUGAGGACAACAUUGUCCCGGCUGACGUGCUCUUGCUGUCCAGCACGGAGCCCAGCAGCUUGUGCUACGUGGAGACUGCUGACAUAGACGGGGAGACCAACUUGAAGUACAGGCAGGCCUUGAUAGUCACACAUCAUGAACUGACCAAUAUAGGGGACAUGGCUUCCUUCCAAGGCAAGGUGGUGUGUGAAGAACCCAACAGUCGGAUGCACCAUUUUACGGGGCGUCUGGAGUUGGAGGGCAAGGAAUACGCCCUGGAUAGUGGCAACAUCCUUCUACGUGGCUGCAAGAUUCGAAACACAGACACCUGCUAUGGAAUGGUCAUCUACGCUGGUUUUGACACAAAGAUCAUGAGGAACUGUGGCAAAGUCCAGCUGAAGAGAACCAAGAUAGAUUAUCUGAUGAACAGGCUGGUGAUCCUGAUCUUUGUAUUCCUGGUGCUGAUCUCUAUGGCCUUGACCUUGGGCUUCUGGAACAAGGUGGCAGAAUUUAAGACCAAGCACUACUAUGUGCCUGACAAGCACAGGUACAGCAUUACCAGCGAGUCUCUCCUCAUGUUCUUGAGCUUCCUCAUUCUGCUCAGUGUUAUGAUGCCCAUGGCCAUGUUCAUCAUAGCCGAAUUCAUCUACUUGGGGAACAGUAUCUUCAUUGACUGGGAUGUGGAAAUGUACUACGAGCCCCAGGACAUACCUGCCAAAGCCCGCAGCACCAGCCUCAACGUCCAGCUGGGCCAGGUGGAGUACAUCUUUUCGGACAAGACCGGCACGCUCACACAGAACAUCAUGACCUUCAAGAAGUGCUGCAUCAACGGCAUUGUCUACAGCCCGGAUGAGGAGGAGGCCCCAUCUAAGGAGAACCCCUACCUCUGGAACAGAUUUGCUGAUGGGAAGCUGCUCUUCCAAAACUCAAGUCUCCUGAACAUUGUGCGCAGCAAUGAGGACAGCAUGGUGCAGGAGUUCUGGCGCCUGCUGGCUAUCUGCCACACGGUGAUGGUGGGCGAGAAAGACAACCAGCUGUUGUACCAGGCAGCUUCCCCUGAUGAGGAGGCACUGGUCACAGCAGCCCGGAAUUUUGGCUACGUGUUCCUGGCACGCACACAGAACAGCAUCACAGUGAUGGAGCUGGGGGAAGAGCGGGUAUAUGAGGUCCUGGCCAUGAUGGACUUCAACAGCAUCAGAAAGCGUAUGUCCGUGCUAGUCCGAAACCCCGAGGGCUCCAUCUACCUCUACACCAAAGGGGCAGACAGUGUCCUCUUUGAACGCUUGCAUAAAAAAGGCAUUCAUAAGAAAGAGCAGAUCAUGAAAGCAGCCACAGAAGAGGCAUUAACUUCCUUUGCCGAGCAGACCCUGCGCACUCUGUGCCUGGCCUACAGGAAGAUGGAUGAGGACACAUAUGAGGAGUGGCGCCAGCGGCACCAGGAAGCCAACAUCCUUCUUCAGAACCGGGCUGAAGCCCUGCACCAGGUGUAUGAGGAGAUCGAGCAGAACCUCCAGCUGCUGGGAGUCACAGCCAUUGAAGAUAAGCUCCAGGAUGGUGUCCUUGAAACUAUCCAUAGUCUCAAGCAAGGGAACAUCAAAAUGUGGGUACUCACAGGGGACAAGCAAGAGACUGCGGUAAACAUUGGCUUUGCCUGCCAGCUGCUAUCUGGGGACAUGCACAUCCUGCAGGAGGAGGAGAUAAUUCAGAUCCUGGAAGCCUACCAGGAGACCAACAGCAACCUGCCACAGAUCAAGAUGGCUGCCAUGAUCGUUAGUGGAGAGCUCCUGGUCAGUGACCAGAUGAUGAAGAGCAAAACAGGGCUGGUGCUGCAGAAUAAGGACAGCACACCCGAGAACCCUGAGGUGUGGCGAGAGCGGGCCUUUGUGGAACUGGCCUCUAGGUGCCAAGCAGUCAUCUGCUGCCGGGUGACACCAAAGCAGAAGGCCCUGAUUGUGGCCCUGGUCAAGAAGUACCAGAAUGUGGUGACCCUGGCCAUCGGGGAUGGAGCCAAUGACGUCAACAUGAUCAAGACUGCGGACAUCGGCGUGGGGCUGGCAGGCCAGGAGGGCAUGCAGGCAGUGCAGAACAGCGACUACAUGCUAGCCCAGUUCCGCUUCCUGAGGCGGCUGCUGCUGGUGCACGGGCGCUGGUCCUACAUGCGAGUCUGCAAGUUCCUACGCUACUUCAUCUACAAGACACUGGCCAUCAUGAUGGUUCAGAUCUGGUUCGCUUUGUAUAAUGGCUUCACUGCCCAGCCUCUGUAUGGAGGCUGGUUCUUAGCGCUCUUCAACCUGCUGUACACCACCCUCCCAGUUCUGUACAUUGGGCUCUUUGAGCAGGACGUCAGUGAUGAGCAGAGCCUGGAGCUGCCGGAGCUGUACAUAGCUGGCCAGAAGGACAAGCUCUUCAACUACUGGGUCUUCUUCCAAGCCAUGGUCCAUGGCAUUGCCACCUCCCUGGUCAACUUCUUCAUGACCCUAUGGAUCAGCCAUGACAUUAUUGAGCCCCUCAGCGACUUUCAGUCUUUUUCCUCAGUCAUGUCCCUGUCAGGCGUGCUGUCUGUCACCAUGGAGGUCAUCAUCAUCAUCAGGUACUGGACGGUUUUGACUGUGCUGGCCAUUUUCUUCAGCCUCUGCUUCUACACUGUCAUAACUUGGACCAGCCAGAGCUUGUUUCUCUUCAAAAUCUCCCCCCAGAACUUCCCUCUUCUGUAUGCUGACCGAAACAUACUGUCUCACCCCGCCAUCCUGCUGGUGGUUCUGCUAAAUGUGUCAUUAAACACCCUGCCUGUACUUGCCUUUCGUGUCAUUUACCAAGCCCUCAAGCAACCACUUCCCAAGGAGGAAGAAGAGGUCCCAAGUGAGGAAAUCAUUUUGCCACCACGUGCCCGGCGCUCCAGUUAUGCUUUCUCCCACCAAGAAGGCUAUGCAAGCCUCAUUACACAGGGCACAAUUCUGCGGUCGUCACCAGGGGUCCACAUACAGUCAAACACAAUGACAUCUGAUGAAGAACGGUCCAUGAGCUUCGAGUGA